CCGUUUCAAACACGAUUGUCCGUCGGGCAUAUCCAGGUCCAGGUCCUUUCGUUUUUCGAUUUUGAGUGUUUGGGUCCUUGACCUUGAACAGCAUCUCACUGCAACUCCAUCUUACCCAGUGAGGCUGUUGUUGCCAUGGCCGCGGACCGUCGACAAGAUGAAGCUCUCCCCGAGCAGAGAUCAAUAUCGAGUGUCGUCUUCUCUGCGUUCUCUCGACAACCGAAUUACCAACGGAUGGAUUCUGAUUCAGAGAUCGAUCUCGCUGAAUUCAAGCCAACAUCGGAACCAAUGCGCUCCAUGGACAUGCCGUCCAAGAGGCAGUCUCAACCACCUGAGAUCCAACCCGUCUCGCCGUUGAUAAUGGAUGCAUCUGAUCAAAACUUUCCUCCUCUAACAGGCCGUGCCGCCUCGCCACCACUUGAUCCAGAAUCAGAUACGGUAGAUAUUGCUACGUCCGCGUCCGCACCGGCCUCACGGAAGGCGCCACGGAGGACACGGUUCACCGAGAUGCUUCGGAGCUCUGUUUCAUCACCUUUGGAAAAGGGUACAACGCCUUCAGGUACUGACGGCGAGAACAGCUCCGCAGAAACGUCCCCAGUGAACCCAUCUGGCACGCCAAGGGACCCGAACCACCUUCAUCCCAUUACCGAAUACUACAGUCAGGAAAGUCGCGACGACACCGACAACCUUUCACUCAAGUAUACCCAAGCGCCGGUAGACUGUCACUCGAAACAGGACGUCCACAUCCGUCCUUGGAGUUGGCUGUAUGUGACGUUGGUCACGCUGAGCAUUUACUCGACACUGCUUAGUGGUUUGUGGUUCGUGGUAUCGAUAUACCAGCCGAGAUACGGCCGAGGCAUCUCAUCAGGCAACGGGGCCAACGCUCUGGCGCCUGCAACGGCAUCGACCUUGGCCGCGUUGUUUGCCAAGACAAUCGAACUGUCAUUUGUUACGGUCUUCGUAGGCUGUCUGGGUCAAGUGCUCACACGCCGCUCCUUCAUCAAAAGAUCGACGGGUAUAACCCUUGCUGAAAUGACGAUGCGGAACUGGGUUAUCCAGCCAGGGUCACUUUUCACCCAUUGGAAAGGUAUCCCUUAUGCUGCGCGUACAGUGAUGGGGGUCUUGACUUUAUUAGCAACCCUCAGCAGCACUUUCUACACCACGGCAAGCGAUGCCAUGGUGACCCCAAAGCUGAAAUUCGGAGACUGGCAGAACAAGGAGCUCAGCGGACUCGUGCGAUCAUCAUACGCCAACCCCAUAUUCGCCCAAGAAACGUGCACUACACCCAUCAACCUUACCUUUGACGUCAACGCGCUGUCUUCAUGCCUUGAUGUCCAAUAUUCUGGCCAGUCAUUUAGGAACCUGCUUGCGUUCAUGAAGACAUGGCAAGACACUGAAGGCAACCAAAGCUCUGCGGUGGACGACAAACUGCAGAACAGACCAACGGGCACUGCUCUUCUCUUUGAUAACACCACUUUGACAUCGUCAUGGAUCGAAAGCGAAUUCGGUGAUCCUGCCGAGAGCUUCAAGAAGCACCAUCGGAUUAUCAAUAACGUGACUUUGGCCAUGCCUCAUCCGGGAGUAUAUACAGCUGCUACCGACCCCGUUAACGAGGUUCUCCAACCGAGCGACCUCUCAGGAGUCGGAGAAUACCAAGUUCGAGCCAGCGUCGUGGCACCAACUGUCAACGUGAUGUGUGUGAAUAUGGCGCGGGAGGAACUAGAUCCGUUAAUUUACACAAGUUGGCCACAUGCAAUCAAUAACUCGACGGAUGUCCCUGGUCACUUGAAAGGACACGAAGCCUGGUUAGACGAGGUGCCUGUGUUUAGCGCCAAGGAAUGGCUCAAUAAGACUGUCGUGGACGACAUUUUUCGCUGGGGGGAGCAAUACGGUCGGCGUCCGCCCGUCUUUCAGCUAUUUCCUAUCGACUACAACAUGAUUACCAAUACGAGUGUCAUCGAGUCGGAUGCGAUCUACAUUCUCGCGAAAUCCAACCAUACCUAUGCUGUCAACUACAACCUUUGCGAGCUUCGAUCUUGGCUUUCGCCCAAGUGCAGCACACAGUUCAACAUCAGCGGCAUAUCAGGCGCCCAGAUGAAGGCUUACUGUGAAGACCCCGACGACAAAAACUCGUACCUGAACUCGGUUCCUGGUCCGGUCGAACUGACGGAAACUAAAUCCGACUGGAGAAAUUUCGCCGACCAAUGGCGCCUAAGCAUGGAUCUCAACGGUGGCGUCUACAACAGCAAUGCCUCCAACGCUAGGAUCAUGGGCGAUCUGAUUCUUCAACAACCACGACUCUCACCCACGAUGCCUUCGAUGGCCGAGGCCUUAGCCGUGCUCGCAAGCUCGACGCUCGUGGUGGGGUCUCUACAGUCGACGUACAAGCACUAUUGGGAUAGAGAGAUCCACGAGCUAGACCCCGGCGUGUACGAGGUGUUCAACGCGACGUUGAAAAUGCAGCAGUACACUUCGGGCCAUGUUGCCGACUGGCAGGUUAUAUUCUACUUUGUGCUGGGCCUGGUCUUUUUCAUCAAUGUCAUCAGCCUGUUGUACUUGAUAUCGCGCCGGGGCAUGGUCACGGAUUUCACGGAACCGCAGAAUUUGUUCGCGCUCGCGGUCAACUCACCUCCUAGUCAACAAUUGCAGGGGAGCUGUGGCGGCGGUCCUCAAAAGCGAGACCUCGUCGUGCCAUGGCGGGUGGGAUACGCGGAGAGUGCGAACCAUUACUACUUUGAGGAGGCGAACGAUCGGCCGUGGAGGGGACGGUUCAGCAACCAGUCUGCGAUGAACAGCGGGACGGAGUUGCUUGCUGAUGGGAGUUAUCGCAGCAGUUACAAGAGGCUGAGUUCGAGCCGCACUUGGCUGUAACGGGAUGAGAUGGUUGUGACUACGGCCGUCUGUG